UACAGCUGCAUCCUCACAUGCAGUUGCUGCAAAACUCAAUGCAACACUGGCGACUAUAGCACUGACCCUGCCUGCAGCCUUUCUGCAUGGCAAAAUCCUUAGAUAGUCCUUAAAAAUCAUCGUACAGAUGAUACAAUAUUUUAAUUUUAAACAUCUUACAGCUUAGUAAGCUUUCCACCAUGGUGCUCGGAAAGGUGAAGAACUUAUUCGUCAGCUACGACUGUCUCAAUGACAGCAAUGUCCCGGUAUUCGCCAGCGGGGACGUUGUCUCAGGUCGAGUAAUCGUUGAAGUUACCGGAGAAAUUCGCGUGAAAUCUUUGAACAUUCACGCGAAGGGACUGGCGAAAGUUCGCUGGACUGAAUCACGCAAUGCUGGGUCCAACACUGCCUAUACACAGAAUUUCACGGAAGAAGUGGAGUAUUUAAACCACAGAGACGUCCUAAUUGGACAUGAUCGAGAUUAUGACAACUGCGAUGAUGGCUUCACCGUUCUUCAUUCAGGGCGACACGAAUUUCCCUUCAGUCUUGAACUGCCCCAGACGCCUUUGGCUACAUCCUUUGAAGGCAAACAUGGCAGCGUGCGGUACUGGGUGAAGGCGGAGCUCCACAGGCCGUGGCUUCUGCCCAUGAAAGUCAAGAAGGAGUUCACUGUUUUCGAGCACAUUGACAUCAACACUCCACUGUUACUGUCUUCUCAGGCUGGCACAAAGGACAAAACUCUUUGCUGCUGGUUCUGUAUUUCCGGGCCUAUUUCACUAAGUGCCAAAAUUGCGAGGAAGGGCUACACUCCAGGCGAGUCCAUCCAGAUCUUUGCCGAGAUCGAAAACUGCUCUUCCCGUGUGGUUGUGCCAAAGGCUGCCAUCUACCAAACUCAGACCUUCUUUGCCAAAGGCAAGGUCAAGGAGAUUAAACAGCUUGUCACUAACCUCCGUGGAGAUCCUCUACCCUCUGGCAAGACCGAGACUUGGGAUGGCAAGAUGUUUAAGAUUCCACCCGUUUCGCCUUCCAUUCUGGACUGCAGCAUCAUCCGAGUGGAAUAUUCUCUAAUGGUGUACGUGGACAUCCCUCGGGCUGUGAACCUGACCCUGAACCUACCCCUUGUGAUCGGCACUAUCCCACUCCACACUUUUGGUAGUCGUACCUCCUCCGUCAGCAGCCAGUGCAGCAUGGCCAUGAGUUGGUUGGGGUUGCCUGAGAGUCCUGAAGCUCCACCAAGCUACUCCGAAGUUGUCACAGAUGAACAACGACAGAACAAUCUAGAGGUCCCAGCUAUAAGGGAUGAGAUCGAAGGACCACUUUACACCUACAUUCAUGAGUUCCGUUACCAGCCCCCACCUCUGUAUUCCGAGGUUGACCCCCAUCCUGAAGAUGGGUUCACCCCCUUGGACAGGAGGCCAGAUACUUGUCCAUCCCGCUGAAGGAGUGACCACACCUGACCAGUGUUGUCAGGGAUCUCUAAUUUCUACAACAUUUAACCCUUAAGCUCGGGUUUGCUCUUCCUCAAUGUAGAGGCAGGAGUGGCUGUUUAUCUUGGUGAUGUAGAUAGAUAUCUUCCAGGAAACACUCCCAGUCCCAGGGGAGUCCACCAGGUCGACUCUAGCUCAGUGGCCCGUGCUGAAGAUCUUGAGCUAUCCUUCCCUUCCAUCCAUGGUGAAAAGAGCACAGACAAGAUUUGUAGGAGUAAAACUGUGCCUUUAUCAUCGAGAUGGACUAAACACAUAGCCACUGAAUGCAAGAAUGUAGUGGCCAAAAGUCUUGGUGCCUGUUCCUAAUUUUGGAUAUGAUUCUUCACUUGUUUGAAUAAUUAGACCAAAACAUCAUAGUGUUUAGGGACGAGACAACCACCUUUAGAUAAAAAAAGUAUCUCCCAACAACCAAUGCAAAGCCAACAACCACUCCAACAGAACAAAGGCAGACUUUUCUAGACUUUCUUUUUGUUGAUUGCUGGUUGUUUCUUGACGCAUAAGUGGCUUUACCACUUCAUAUUUCUUUAGAUUUUCUUGAAAUAUUUUGAGGAAAUUUGGAAACUGAAUAUGUGGACGUUAUGAGAAUUGCUGCAAAGCAUUUAAUGGUGGAAUUCAUGCCAUGUUGCCUUUCUGCUACAACUAUCGAACUACACUGCAAGAGCAUCAAAUAGCACAUGGCACUGUCUCAAGUGGCGAAAGAAAAAAGACCAUUCGUGUUGAGCGAGGGGGACACUCAUCGAGAUGCAAGACGAUUGACAUUCCUAAAUCAGUCCUUCAGCUCUCUGUUACAAAAUAGACAGAAAACUGCACUCCAGAACUCUUCGGUGUACUUUGUAUGUUGAACAACUGCAAGCUAAUUAACAGACUUUCUUUUGUUAGUACUUAUAUAAUAAUGACUGUGGCCUGUUGGCAUUGGCCCUUGUUGUUUUAUGACGAUUAGCACUUUUCAUUGCUUUCAAAGUGUAUACAUAAGCUUGUUUGCACAAGUCUAAUGAAACAUAUGCCAUGAAGUUUACACAUGUGAUUUUGGUAUGUUUGUUUACAUGGAUGCUAUUGUUAACAGACAAACUAAAAUCACUAGUUGUCCGUUUGGACUGAUAAAGCAAUCUUUUUGGCCUUGGCACAAAAAGCUUUAAUGUUUUUUUUUUUUUAACUGCUUAUGGCUGAAUUUGUGCACUUACUUUUACAUAGCAAAAAAGGGAAUAUGUAAUGUUUUUGAACUAUAUACAUUCUUACUUUUGGUGUUUGUGCUUAACAUUAGCAUAGGUCAUAUAGGCCAUUGCGUCACUGUUUAAGAGCCCCCUGUUUUUCUUGUCUUUUAUUUUGAAAGCACAUUCUCAAACAUGCACUUCCAGGGAAUCAAAUAGCCCUCAGAGACUCAACAUUAUUAAUAUAAUGUUCAAUGCUAACUAAAUACAUGUAUAUAGAAGACAAAGUUGCUCUUUGUUCAGGCAGGUCCAUAGCAAGGCAAAUUAAAGCUUCCAUUUUGUAAUUUCAGGGUCUGAUGGGUAUGAUUUAUGAAAUUGGUAUUUAAGACAAAAGGUGCAAUAUUCUCUGUUACACAAGUGUGUAAGUGUGUACACAUCGUUUUGUAUUCUAAGCUUGUUGCUUUUGUACCAUGGUUUUGUAGGUUGUCAAUUGUCACAGAAAAAAAUUCACUAGUUUGUUUUUCGCCUAAAUCUUUGAAAUAAAUGUCAUUUUCUACAAAAAA